CGGUUUAGGUCUAGCUCCUGAAUCACCGGUCGGUGGUAGUUAAGCAUUUCGUCUCCGAAGCAGAAAGUUCGACGGUGAGGAAGAAGGAGCAGGAGGAGGAAAACACACACUCUCAGAGAAGCUUAAAUAUGGAUUUUAGUUCAGCCGAAGAAUCAGAUAUCAGUGAGUCAGAGAUAAACGAGUACAAAGAAAAGCCAUACAAACAACUGAGAUCUGGGACAUAUAAAGUGAAGGCUUUGAAUGGCAGCUUAAGAUGCCCAUUUUGUGCUGGGAAGAAGAAGCAAGAUUACAAAUUCAAGGAUUUGCUUCAACAUGCAUCGGGAGUUGGUAAAGGAUCUGCCAACAGGAGUGCAAAACAAAAGGCGAACCACCUUGCCUUGGCAAAGUAUUUGGAGACUGACUUAGCCAAAGAAACUAAUCAAGAACUUGUUCCUUUACCGCAAGCACUAGCUGUGAAUAAAACUCCAGUGCAAGAUGAGCUGCAUGUGUGGCCUUGGAUGGGAAUUAUAGUUAAUAUCACUGCUGAAUCGGAGGAGAAAAUGGCUCGGCUUGACAAGGGUUAUUGGUUAAGAAAGUUGGCCAAGUACCAACCUCUAGAUGUUCAAACAUUCUGGAAUGCACAAGACCUAGCAGGCCAGGCCAUAGUGAAAUUCAAUGAGCAUCUGAAUGGCUAUGUAAUUGCAACAGACUUUGAAAGGACAUUUGAAAAUGAGAAGCAUGGCAAGAAGCAUUGGAGUGCACGACAAAGAAAUCCUGGUUCAAGUAUUUAUGGUUGGUAUGCACGUGUUGAUGACUAUCAAUCCAAGGGCCCCUUGGGAGAGUACCUUCGCAAGGAAGGAAAAUUAAAAACUUUUCCUGAGAUUGAACACGAAUUAACAAAGGAUAGACACAAUGCUUUGGCAAACUUGGCCAAUAAAAUUGAUUUGACAAAUGAAAACCUGAAUGAGCUGCAAUGCAAGUACAAUGAGAAGACAAUGACUUUGAGCAGGAUGCUUGAAGAGAAGGACAAUCUACACCUUAUUUUUCUAGAAGAGACAAGGAAGAUGCAAAGGGAUGCACGGAACAAUGUUCAAAGAAUCUUGGAGGAACAGGAAAAGCUAAAAAAUGAACUUGAAGCGAAGAAAAGGAAACUUGAUGGCUGGAGCAAAGAAUUAAACAAACGUGAAGUGUUAACUGAGCGUGAGAGGCAAAAGCUUGAUGAAGAGAGGAAAAAGAAUGAUGUCAGGAACAGUUCACUUGAGUUGGCUUCCUUGGAGCAGAAAAAGGCCGAUCAAAAUUUCUUGAAAUUGAUUGAAGAGCAAAAGAGGGAGAAAGAAGAAUACUUAAGGAAGAUACUUCAGUUAGAAAAAGAUGUGGAUGCUAAACAGAAGUUGGAAAUGGAAAUUCAGGAGUUGAAGGGGAAGUUGCAGGUGAUGGAGCAUCUUGGAAAAGAUGAUGCAGCUCUGCAGAAGAUGCAAGAGAUGAAUGAUGAUCUGAAACAGAAAAUUGAGGAUUUGGAAGCAAUGGAGUAUAUGACUCAAACUCUUCUCAAGAAAGAGCGCCAGAGCAAUGAUGAGCUCCAACAAGCACGGAAAGAGUUAAUUAUGGGUUUGGCUGAUUUGUUGGGUGCUCGAACUAAUAUUGGAAUAAGGAGAAUGGGAGAAAUUGACCAAAAGCCAUUUCAGAACACUUGUAACCUGAGAUUCCCACCUGAUGAAGCAAUGUUUCAAGCCACCACACUAUGCAGCCUGUGGGAGGAGAAACUUAAGAACCCUAAGUGGCAUCCCUUCAAAAUCAAAAGUGUUGAAGGGUCACAAGACUCUCAUAAGGAAAUUAUAGAUGAAGAAGAUGAGCUGCUACGAAGUCUAAAACAGGAAUGGGGAGAUGAAAUUUAUGAGGCGGUGGUAACAGCUUUGAAGGAGCUAAAUGAAUACAAUCCCAGUGGAAGAUACACUGUUCCUGAGCUUUGGAACUUUAAGGAAGGAAGGAAAGCCACACUAAAGGAGGUUAUUGCUUACAUCAUGAAGAAUAUCAAGACACUUAAAGGCAAGAAAACUCGAUACUAAGGAUGCAGGGUGAAAAUUGAACUGGUCUGGACUGGAGCAAUGUGCGUCUCAUGCAAGAAGAUACAAGAAUAUGGUGGUGGUUAGGUAUCACGGUGUAAAUAAAUAUGUUGUAAAUAAGAUUUGCAGUUCUCUUGACGCUGUUAACUUCAUUUUCAGUGAGAAACUGUGUCAAUAUGGAUAGUACUAAAUAUGUACAUCUGCU